AUGUGUGGGGGCAUAAUAGUAUUUUGAUUCAUUGCGAAGGAAAGACGUCGGUGUCGUCGCGGGCUAAUUAAGGAAUCAUCUUUUACGAUGACGUACGCGGAUCCUCUCCAAUUAAACUUUCGAUUGGUGUCAUCCAAUUCGUGCACCGGAACCGUCCGGUGACAUGGACCGCGCCUUUAAGCAUGUGGGUCCAUCCGUCAUUUUGAAUGUGAGCGGUACGAUCACGAUCCGAUGCUAUCUCACCAUUCAUUGAGAUAUCUUUGUUGCUCAAAGACAGCGCCGGGGCAGUUCGACAAGGAACGAGAGAGGAGGACGGAGCCCUACGAUGGCUUUACCUUCUCGUGCGAUCGGAUGAUGAGCCCUGAACUCCGAUCUCAUCUCCGAAUUCUGUUUCCGCCCGCUAGAUCGCAACGAGGAGGGCGGAGGAGCGAUGGAGAAAUGCGGGGGAGAUGGAGAAGCGGUGGCGGGUGCGAUCCCCGGGAUGAACGGGAGUGCGCCGCCGCCGUUCCUCAGCAAGACGUACGACAUGGUGGAUGAUCUGGCGACCGACGCGAUCGUUUCGUGGGGAGCCGGGAAUAACAGCUUCGUGGUGUGGAACACGCCGGACUUCGCUCGGCAUCUCCUGCCCAAGUACUUCAAGCACAGCAAUUUCUCUAGCUUCGUUCGGCAGCUUAAUACCUACGGUUUCAAGAAAGUUGAUCCUGAUCGCUGGGAGUUCGCAAAUGAGGGAUUUCUAAGAGGUCAAAAGCAACUCUUGAAGGCUAUAAACAGGCGGAAACCAUGUCAGUCACAUGCCCGUAGCCAACCAGAGCAGACUCCACCACAGAAUUCUUCUGUUGCGGCAUGUGUCGAGGUAGGCAAGUUUGGGUUGGAGGAAGACAUCGAGGGGCUAAAAAGAGACAAGAAUGUACUCGAGCAGGAGCUCGUCAGGCUGCGGCAACAGCAGCUAGCCGCGGAUGAUCAAUUAGAGACAUUUGUCAAACGCCUUCAGGGCAUGGAACAACGGCAACAGCAAAUGACGUCGUUCCUGGCGAAGGCCAUGCGGAACCCUGCCUUCUUUACACAGUUUUUGCAGCAGAGUGAUGGAAACUUACGCAUACAUGGAGUUAACAAAAAGCGAAGGCUUCCAAACCAAGGUGGUCGGAUAGUGAAGUAUCAGUCACUGAUCAACGAAGCAGCCAGAGCAAUGCUGAGGCAGAUACUCAAGAUGAACACAUCUCCUAGGAUAGAAUCUUCGGCCAAUUCCGAUGAUCUUUCGAGACAGAACAUCCAGUCUUUGUAUGAAGCAUUUGAAAGUACUUCUCGUGUUACACUGUCGGAGGUCCCUUCAGAUUCUAGAGUUUCAUACGUGCCUGCCAGCUCUGGUUUUGAUCAGUCUUCUGCAGCAGUAGCAAAAACGAUGGAAACAGGUGAACUGACCGGCAUAGGAGUGUUAUCGGACAUUGCUCCUUCUCCUACUGAUUUAAGCAUUUCCGAUUUGUCCGAGCUACUUGGAGUUGAGAAUCCGGCAGUGCCUGUGCCUAUCGAGAUAGAUGACUUUUCGGCACAUACUGAUAUUAACUUUCCUGAUGAUGAAGAGAAACUCCCCGGCAUAGUUGAUGCAUUUUGGGAGCAGUUCUUCACGCCUAGCUCUCUGUCAGGUGACACAGACGAUGUCCAGUCCAGCAUACAGGAGAUUGAGAAAAGCACAGAGGGGGGAUUACCGAACAACUCCCAACACAUGGAUCAUCUUACAGAACAGAUGGAGCUUCUUUCAUCAAACAUCAUGAUUUAGUAUAGUAUUUACGUAUCUCAGGGCUACUGCAACCUUGGAUAGGAUAGAUACCACAUACGAUUCGUCAUCAUACGACAUCUGUUCUACCUGUUGUCAAGUAAUUCUUUGAGAUGCUACCAUCUUCCAUUAAAACCUAAAAGCAGUUGUGACCCUAAUAUCCUGCAGUUGCUUGCUGAUUGAGAAUCUCCAAAAGGAAGUUACAUGAUUGGAAGUCCGAAGCAGAGCACAACAA